AUGACCGGAGUGUUUAGUGUCCGUCGGAGUUUUGGACGACCUCUCCGCCCGAUUUCAUCUGGACCGAUUCCUAGCAGGACUACCCCUCGUUCCACCAGCUACAACAGCCUUGAAAUCUCGCAGGACUCGCGGAGGAACUAUCACUCUGUCAAGAUGGACGAAUCCGUAAAGAAGGCCAGCCCUGAGGCAGCUAAGGCGUCCUCGCCGUUGGCCGACUUCAAACGACCACUCUCCGGGUUAUUUGCGAUCAACAAACCGAGUGGUUUGAUUUCGAUGACCCUGCUUGAAUCGCUCAAGGAACUAUUCCAAUCGUCCAAGCUGUUCGUAGAAAAUCCAGAGCCGUUUCAACUUCAACAAACCGGACCAGUUAAAAAAUCAAGAAAGAAUAAGUAUUGGCAGAAGAAGAACCAAGCCAAAGCGAUCAAGAUCGGACAGGGAGGUACAUUGGAUCCGCUCGCAAGUGGCGUUCUGAUUAUCGGCUUGAACUCGGCGACAAAGAAACUGUCGAAUUUCUUGGAUUGCUCUAAAGUUUAUCGAACCACUGGUAUACUGGGCUGCAAGACCGACUCGUACGAUUCAGAUGGGAAAACGAUCGGACUAUCCAGCUGGAAACAUGUCAAGCCGGAAGAUAUUCACAAAGAAUGCGCAUUGAUCAAAGGCGAACAUUGGCAAAUUCCACCAAUUUAUUCAGCCCUGAAGAUGGACGGCAAGCCAUUGUACGAAUAUGCACGGAAUAACAUUCCCCUUCCAAGACCGAUUGAAGCCAGGCGUUGUGAAGUGUUUGAUAUCAAGAUGGUCGAUUGGAAAGAAGGCGGAGAACAUCCGUACCAAUGGCCGACCAAGAUGAUGAGCGAAGAAGAGUCUCAGAUCUUCCAACGAGCUGAAAGUCUGAUCAAAGAAACCGGGGUUGUCAAGUCAGACAAACUAGCAAAGUCGAAAGAAAUUCAAAAAGGGUCCGAGGCAUUUAAUGAGCCCACGAAGAGGGAGGCUUCCCUAGAUCAGCAGGAACAAAGCGACUCCAAGAAGAUCAAGCUGGAGGAGGAAAAUAACUCCAAGAAAAUCAAGCCGGAUGAUGCAAAUGAUAGCGAAACAAUCAAGCCGGAGCAGGGAAAUGAUUCCAAAACAAUGAAGCCGGAGGACGGAUCUAGCGGAGCUAAGAAUGCUCAAAAUUCCUCGGCUGGCCAGGAAAGCACGAAUAGCGUUAAUCUAGAAGAGAAGGAAAAAUCACCAGCGUUCACGCUAGAGAUGACGGUGUCUUCAGGGACCUACGUGAGGUCGAUAGUCCAUGAUAUUGGACAAGCCGUCUCGUCUGCCGCCACUGUUGUUUCCUUGAUCCGGACCCGCCAGGGCGACUUUUGUCUAGAUCCUCAAGCCAGUAGGAGCGUGGCAACCCCUGCCGGAGAUCCCAAGAGUUUCCCGUGCAUCGAAUGGAGUGUGUUUGAGAAUGCUAUCCAGUCUCGGUCUAAUGGCUCAGACGAACCGGUGGAUGAAUCUGGCUUGCGGGAAUGGGAGCGAGAACUGUUGAAGCAUAUUCAAGUUUAA